AUGUAGGUGAAUGUAUUCAUGAUGGCGGAGGCGCGUCUCCUUGCGUCGUAAUUGUUUCGAAUUGUUUCAAAAUAAAUGUAGUUUCGCGUUUACUGCAAAUCCUUUCAUGGUGGAAUUUCAUUAAUUAAUAACAAAUUCACUCAUUACAGUAAUUAUCUUUAAUCGUCAUAAAGUUUUACCAUGCAUUGAAGUGAGAGAACUCCAGAAAAGGCAAAAUGAGUGCUUUAGAUUAUCGAAGUAAAACUCACUCGAUUUGGCAUGGCCAUCGAGUCGAUGGGACAAGUCCGGCAAUUAUGGAAAGUUUAGACAGUCUCUCCAUAAAUAAUCGCGAUGGAAAUCAAUCUUUGACUAUACCCUUCAAUCAGGGAAAUUUGUCUCUACAUGGAGUGCCCUCAUUGCAGGGAAUUAAUUCAAAGUCCUCAUCACUUUCAUUGGAGGAAAUGCAAAGUUUCCUUCUCAUUGACGAGAAGGAGCGUCUCAAGGUUUCAACGGCCGAGCAAUUUGUCGAUAAAUUGAAUUGCAACAACAGGGACUUAAAAAUCAAAGUUGUUUCAAUAUUCGGUAAUACCGGAGACGGCAAAAGUCACACUCUUAAUCAGACUUUCUUUAAAGGUAAAGAAAUAUUCAAAACAUCGAACGAACAAAGCUCCUGCACACUUGGCGUUUGGGCUGCCUUUGAUUCUAAUCUUAAUAUUAUUUGCCUGGACACUGAAGGACUUUUAGGUGUGACGAUUCAUGAGAAUGAGCGCACAAGAUUACUUUUAAAAGUAUUGGCAGUUUCUGACAUUGUGGUUUACAGAACUCGUGCAGAAAGAUUGCAUCGUGAUUUGUUUACAUUCUUGGGUGCAGCCUCUCGAGCUUACACCCAUCACUUUCAAUCGGCUCUGCAGGCAGUGGGUCAGAGGGAGGGAGUUUUAAGCUCUGUCAGUAAUUUGGGACCGAGUGUCAUUAUUUUUCACGAAACCAGACACACCAGUCCUUUAAUAAAUGAUUCAGCCGAGAGCGCGGAGGACAUUCUGAGGACGCGAUUCGCUCAAAUGCGAUUGGAGAUUGAGGCUUUCAGUUCAAUAAAAUAUGUGGGAGUUCAAACUUUAAAUCCGCCAACGGACUACGAUCCAUUGCGUUUGGCAAUCAGAAACGAAUUAGACAAUACAACCGUUAGAUCGGCCAGAAAACCACAUUUAGUUUACAGUACAUUAAAAAUUCUUAACGACAAAUUCUCAGGGGAAAUUGAAAAUGAUUGCAUUGUUCUUUUCCCCGAUCAAUAUUUUACUUGUCCCGUCAAGUGUUUUAGUUGCGGUUGUAGAUGUCAAAACAGUAUGGGUCAUUUUCGUGAAGGAAAACCGCACAUGAGUGAUACCAGAUGUCGCUAUCAGCAUCAGUAUGAAAACGUCGUUUAUAUUUGUAAACAGUGUCAUGGAAAUGGAAAUGAAGUUAUAGUGACGAGCCGAACUCAAACUCAAAAUGACAAUAGUUGGUACGGUUUGGCGAAAUAUGCGUGGGCCGGAUACGUAAUCGAGUGUCCGCAGUGCGGAGAAAUUUACAGAAGUCGUCAAUAUUGGUAUGGCAACAAGAAUCCCGAGGAUGUCUCUGUUCGCUCUGAAAUCACCCACGUUUGGAAUACGACAAAUCUGAAUAUCACAUCUCAAAAUACAGCGCAAAGAAUGCUCGACGGAGUUUCGUAUUUGAGUGAGGCGGUGACCAACGUUUCUCUUCAGCCGACGAAGGCAAUAACCGCCUGGGUGGCUGAUCAAGUGGCCCCGACUUAUUGGCGGCCAAACAACGAGAUCAAACACUGCCACAAGUGCAAUAAUCUGUUUGGCCCCACGGACACAAAGCACCAUUGCCGCUCCUGUGGCGAAGGCUUCUGUGCCUCUUGCUCUUCAAGGACGAAAUGUGUACCCGACAGAAAUUGGUACACUCCCGUAAGAGUUUGCGACUUUUGCUACAAUAAAGAGACAAACUCAAAUGAGGAGCCUGUCAUUACAGAAGAUGUGAGUGUGAGAAAAGUUUCGGAGCACGUCGUCUCGACAUUCAGCGCUGUUGGAUCUGUUCUUUCUUAUUCCAAAUCGUUGAUUAAAGACACAGCACGACCUACAUAUUGGGUUCCCGAUUCAGAAGUAAAAGUCUGUUGUGUUUGCGACGAAAAAUUCUCAGACAAGGUUCCUCUUCAUCAUUGUCGUGAUUGUGGUCGUGGAGUAUGUCAAGAUUGUUCGCAACACAAAAAACCAGUCCCUCGUCGCGGUUGGCUGAAUCCAGUUCGCGUUUGCGAUUCCUGCACAAAAAUAGACUAGAAUACAAGAAUAGAUUUGAUUGUCAUUUAAAGAGGAAAUCUUAUUUCUAGACACCUUCGCUUUCAUGUAUAAAAAGGGGGAUUUCCAGGACAGGAAGUGACAUUCGUUGGUCUUCCGAUUCGGCUCAAAUUUUACCAAUGCUUUAUUCUGCCUUGAAAAAUAAUUCUCAAAUCCGUUGAAAAUUUAAAUCCUAUUUUUCGAUCAGUUCAGAAAUUUUAAAUAUUUCUAAACAAAAAUUACGUUUUUGGAUCAAAUACUAUUUUUUUGAAGUUAAUUUCAAAAAUACUACUUUUUUUUGCAAAAUUGUCGAUUGUGAGACUUCUGUAAAAAAAAGAAAGUUAAAAUUUGGUUUGGUAAUUUGUCAAGGUAGAAAGUUCUUGUAAAUUUUGAGCCGAAUCGUAGCAAAUGUUACUUUUUGCGAGAAAUCUUCCGAUAAUUAAAUAUAAAGAAGAUAUGCUUGAGAUAAAGGAUGAAAAAUUUCAAUGUAAAGAAUGGUUGACAACUCUUUGAAACCACGAAUUUUUCCGUUAUCUACAAAAAAAAAAGAAGAAGAAGAAAGCAAAAAUACAAAAAGGAAAAUACAGCCUCUGCACUAUUCAAGUUCGUCGAAAUCUUGAUGAGGAUAUUUUUUUACUCGAAAAAGAAUCUUUUGCAUCCUAUUUUUUAUACAAAAAAACAGAAAUUUAUUUAAUUUUAAUUUGUAUCGUCAAUGACGAGGGGGCUGUGCCAUAAAUUUUAAGCUGUGCCAGUUGUCAAUUCUGUCAGUAAAAGUGAAAAAAUCUGAUGAAAAAGAAAAGUUUCUUGUAUUUCUAAUUAAUAAGAAAGUUGUGAUUUUUAAAAAUAAAUGUUGAUUUCCAUUAAAAAAAAAAUACAAAGUUUAAUGAACAAAAAAAAAUAAUACUAUUUAGAGUAUUAAAUAUUGAGUGUAAAUAUUAUAGUAGGGAUAUUGCAGUGCAUUAAAUAAUAAUCUUUGGCAUUAAAUAGAAAAUACAGUAAAUUUCACUAUCAAAAUAGUUGUAGUCCUUAAAUAUUAUAAAUUAUAAUAUUCUAUCUAUUAUUAUUGAUCAAGUUCUAUUUAUAUAAAAGAAAACUUAUAAAUGUACAUAUUUAGUAUGUAUAUCUAAUGUUAAGUCGGCUGUGAGAAUUUUAGAUUUCCAGGAUGAAAAAAAAAUGCAUUUCACAUUUUACGAAACCACGUCUUUCAUAAUAGUGUUGAUGACUUUGUUCAAACGUUUAUUGACAUUCCGACUAUUCAUCUCUGUGAGAUUCGAAAUUUAUAGUGAAAAUAAAAAUUUGCUUUCAAA